CAAUAUUGUUUUGCCACAUCAGUUCAGCUAGCAUGGUCAAAAUGUUCGGAUUUUGAAAAUAAGUUUGUGUAGGGUCUAUUUUUAAAAUUGAAAAUUAAAGGUUAAAAAGAUUAAAAAAAAUUCUCUGUUCAUAGCUCAGGAAAUCGUUUGCUCUCUGAUAAAUGGGCCCCAGGCCCACUGUCAGUUUCACAUACACUCCUCCCCAGUCACCUACGAAUUCCGCCAGCGGCAGUGGCGGCGGCGGCGCUCCUCGCCGCCGGCCGCUCGCCGCCUCACCGAUGCCGUUCCCGCGCCUCCCCGCGGUGUAGGUCCAGUUCCUAGCAGCCAGCGCUUGCUGCCUGCUGGCCUUUCAACUGCCUCCAAGGCUCCAACCCUAGCGCGGCGCCAUCAUCAUCCCAAUCGUCCGCUACAGCCUACAAAUCGCGGUGAUGGUCGCGUCAGCGUCGCAAGCUACCGAACUAGCGCCGCUUCGUCGUCCUGCCGCUGCGGCUUGCAGGGAGAGACAGCGAGAGCUGUGCUGAUGAAGUGAUGAAACUUGUGGGCUUGCGGCUUCCAGGACCAAACUGCAGAUGAACACAAAGAGGAAAGAGCAUAAAAAAGCCCCCCAAUUCCUCCUUCCAGUUCAAGAGUACAAGAAAGACACAAGCACAGACAAAAUUCCUGAGCCCUGCCCCCCGUUGCUUAGUAAACAGGAGAUGGCUCUGGUCACAAAUGUGUGCGAAUAUGAAGAACUUGCAAAGCACAAACUGCCAAAGAUGGUUUAUGAUUUCUAUGCUGUUGACGCAGAAGACCAAUGGACUCUCAGGGAGAACAGUGAGGCAUUCUCCAGAAUUUUGUUUCAGCCGGUUGUAUUGGUUGAUGUGUCCUGUAUCGACAUGUCUAUGAGUGUCUUAGGCUACAAUAUUUCCAUGCCCAUUAUGAUUGCUCCUACGGCUUUGCACAAAUUGGCACAUCCUGAAGGAGAGCUUGCUACUGCCAGAGCUGCAGCUGCUGCAGAAACUAUAAUGACAUUGUCUUCAUGGUCAUCUUGUAGUAUUGAAGAGGUUAAUUUGGCAGGGCCUGGAGUUCGUUUCUUCCAACUUUCAAUAUACAAGGACAGGAACUUAGUGCAACAGCUUAUCCAAAGGGCUGAAAAGGCUGGCUAUAAGGCAAUUGUACUGACUGUUGAUGCUCCAUGGCUUGGUCGCAGGGAAGCUGAUGUCAAGAACAGGUUCACCUUGCCUCAAAAUGUCAUGUUGAAGAUCUUUGAGGGGCUGGAUCAAGGGAAGAUAGAUGAGACGAAUGGUUCUGGUCUUGCUGCCUAUGUCGCUAGCCAGAUUGACCGCUCUUUUUCUUGGAAGGAUAUCAAGUGGUUACAGACAGUUACAUCAUUGCCGGUCUUAGUGAAAGGAAUUAUAACAGCACAAGACACUAGAAUUGCUAUAGAAUACGGUGCAGCUGGUAUCAUCAUGUCCAACCAUGGCGGCCGCCAGCUAGACUAUCUUCCUGCAACCAUCAGCUGUCUAGAAGAGCUAUGCCUGAAAACAGCACGAAUCUCAGGUUGUCAGGGAAGCAAAUGGGCGUGUGCCGGUGUUCAUCGACAGCGGUUUUCGCCGCGGCACGACGUGUUCAAGGCCCUGGCAUUGGGAGCUUCAGGGGUAUUUAUUGGUAGGCCGGUGCUGUUCUCCCUCGCCAUCGACGGCGAGGCCGGCGUGAGGAACGCGCUGCGGAUGCUGAGAGACGAGCUGGAGAUCACCAUGGCGCUCAGCGGCUGCACGUCGGUGAAGGAGAUCACGCGCGGCCACGUCGUCACCGAGAGCGACAGGAUCCGCCGUUGUUCUCGGCUGUAGUGUACCCAGGUUUCCUUUGCGUUUGCGUUCUUGGGAGUGUUUUGGCUGACUGUGGAAAAUUCUAAUUUGUUUUAUUGUGAUGUUUUCUGAUCUAUUAUAUCGACCCUCUCAUGGGGUAUAUAUAGGAGUACAUAGGGGAUAGAGACUUGGAGUAUAAUACAAGUAAGAGUAGAUUUAUCUCUAGGAUUCUAUCUUUAGGACUCUAUCUUAUCUCUAGGAGUCAAUCUCUAGGAUAUAUCUUAUCUCUAUAUUUGUAUUUGACUCUUAUCUCUAACUAACACAUUAUAUUUCUAACAAAAGACAUCUUUGCAGAUUGCAAUUGAUGUGAUUCUGUAACUUUGCGUUCAUUGUCAGAUGGAGAUGGUUGUGUUUUUUUAGAAACUUAGUACAAUCAGGCAUGUGGAGAAUGGUAAGUAUUUAGAAACACAAUUCAAACAUAGGCGUUCAUAACCGCGUACGUAUAACAUACUCACCUAUAUGAACACAUACACAUGGAGAAUGACAAGUUUUUUAAAAACAAAAUUCAAACGUGGGCAUUCAUAACGUAUGCACACACAUACCCUAUUAUACUGAAAAAAAUAAUUAGUCGUAGAGGCGAGCAUCUGUACAUCAAGACAAUAAUUAGUCGUAAAUGCAAACACAUGUGUUGACUCUAGAACUUAAUUCGGAUGGAUUAAUUUGACCAUAAGAAACCAAACUAGUUGAAUUACGCCGUAAUACAGAUAAAUCCUAAUAGAUCUAUUUUAGAAGAUGAUAAGUUCAUAAAUAAUAUCCAAAUUCGGCAUGGUUCACAUUAAAAUUAGAAAUUAUAGACGAGGAAGGAAACCAAUCUGCUGCCGUGUUACACGGUAACCGCAGUUUGCAACCGUCAAUAGGAGACCCUAUCCACUACGAAAUCCGUUGGAUCCCUCGUGCUCCGCAAUCUCAGCCGUCCGUUUCCCCCUAUAGUCCCCCUUACCUCCCCUUCUACAGUUCUACGAAGUACGAUCCAAACACCAGCGGCGAAGGCGACGAAGACGAGGGCAAAAACACCAGAAGGGGAAAACUUUUGCUCUCCCGGCGAUCUCGAGAUCUCUCAAGAUGGUGGUGCUGCAACCAGAUCCGUUUCUGAGCGAGUUGACGAGCAUGUACGAGCGGAGCACGGAGAAGGGAUCUGUCUGGGUCACCAUGAAGCGAUGUGAGUGCGCGCUUUCAUCUGGCAAUCUGGUUUGUGAUUUGGGUGGCUGAAGAACUGAUGCUUGAGUUGAUGGGGGUUGUUUGAUAUGUGCAGCAUCGAUGAAGUGCCAGGCAAGGUUGAAGAAGAUGGCGGCGAAGGGAGAGGCAGUGGAGUACCGGUGCCUCGUCCGUGCCACCGAUGGCAAGAAGAACAUCUGCACCGCGCUCUCUGCAAAGGAGUACCUGAAGUUCCAAGCUUCAUAUGCCACAGUUCUUAAAGCCCAUAUGCACGCUUUGAAGAAGAGGGAGAGGAAAGACAAGAAGAAGGCUGCAGAGGUUGAGAAGAUACCAGAGAAGGCACCGAAGAAGCAGAAGAAAGCACCGUCUUCAAAGAAAUCUGCAGGGUCCAAGUCGUAAGUUACUGAAAGAAUUUGCUAAGCCCUUUUUUGGCCACAGGCCUGAGUAAGAUGGGUGUAGUCAAGACAUUAUCCUCCAUUUUACUCUUAUUCAUGUCUGCGAGAUGAAGCAUGUGAAUACCUUUAUAGAGCUGUGCCGUCGACAUUAGCAAUUUUUGAAGCAGCUUUGGUUGUCUAGAUGUAAGCCGCCCUGGAAUUUUCUAUUUCUAUCAUAGAAAGGCAUCUCUUAAACUGUGCC